AUGGGACAUGCUCUCAGCUUUAAUGAUUUGAUUGAAGAGAUCUGCAAGCCAAAAGGACCGAGCCGUCCGCAUUACCAGAAUUUGCUUGGUAUAUCAUCUGGACUGGUAGCUUUGCCGUUCUUUGUCUUUGUUAUAGCCAGCCAUACUUCCUCUGCUGUUAUGUGUGGCACUGGUCCUUUCACAGGGUCAGCUGGCUGUAGCGAACUCAAGGACGCGUUCGCCUUCUUCAUUGGAUGUCCCGUAUUCGUGGUUCCCGUGACACCUUCCUGCGCUAUUUCUUUUCUUCCUCACAUGACCAUUGAGUUUGCGUCAGGCUGUGGUAUCUCAUCCUGCUUGGAGACCUCAAUGGUAUGAAU